CUGAUUCUCAUGCACGCCCACGCUUCUUUAUAUUCACCCUCACCAACCCAUAAAUCCGACGAGCUCUCUCUCUCCCUCUCUCUCUGCAACUCCACUUCGAUGUUUCAGGUUCAUGAUGGGAAACUGAUUUAGUGCGGAAAUAAAGAGAGGAGAGAGAAAAAUAUAUAUAUUGAGAGAGAGAGAGAGAGAAGACGCAUAAAUCACAGUUCAUGUGACGAGCUAGCUACUCCUUUUGUUUCAUAUAAUUCUGGGUUUUAUUCGUUUGUCUUUUUAAUUUCUAAUCCUGGUUAGCUUCUCGUUUGCUUCCAAAUUCUGAAUCAUUUCUUCUGAUGAAAAAACCACUUUUGCUAAACCAAAAAUACCAACAAAAAUAUAAAAAGACAUAAAAAGCUGAGUAGCACCAACAAAAGAAGGAACAAAAAUACAAGCUUUCUUUGUUUUCUGAUGCCGUGACGCAUGCACGUCUUGUCCUUAGAGAUAUGGAGGUCACAGAGUUGUGGCAGCAGAGAGAGAGAGAAUCGUUUCAUGGAAUCGUUUCUGCAAUUUCUGGUUUCUGGGUUUUUUCAUCUCCCAUUCUCUAACACCGCAGAGCUUAAAAGUCUGCAACUUUCUGCCAUUUUCUACAGCUUCAAAGCUUAGGGGUUUUAUUUUUAUAGGAUUUUUCAAGAACCAGAGCAAGCAAGCAAGCGAGCUCGCUCCAAUGGCGGAAAACGGCUCUCUUCUCUCUCCCAGAGAAAAACACACAAAACUCACUUCCUCUUUCUUCGCGAAUCCGAGAUUGUUCACCAGCUUCACCUCAAAAGCCGUCUCUGAAUCCGACGCCGUAAUGAGCCCAACCUCCAUCCUCGAAACGAAACCGUUUCUGGGCCUCCGAAACCCCUUCUGGUCCGAAUCGAACACCCCCAGAACCCCGGAACCCGAAUCCAGACGCAUCCACUGGGACAAAUUGGACUCCAAAGGCAUCGGCCUCGCCAUCGUCGACGCCCUCAACGAAUCCGACCCGAAACCGUCAAAUCCCAAAACUCGAAUGGUGAUUUUCGGGUCGCAGCUCAAGAUCCAAAUCCCUCCCCUGCAACCCUCUGUUCUCUCCCCUUCCCGAUCACCGAAAUCUUCGGCGGAUUUCAGCACCAAGACGGAGAAUUCCCAUCUGGGUUCUUUCUCCUCCGUCUUGUCUCAGUCGCCGGAGAAGAAAUCGCUGUUCGAAUCCGAGACGAUGAAUUCGACCCGGGUUUUCACGAGCCGUCUCUCUGUCAGUGAAAUGGAGCUCUCUGAGGAUUACACGUGUGUGAUUUCCCAUGGGCCGAACCCGAAAACCACGCACAUCUUCGACAAUUGCAUCGUGGAGAGCUCCGAUGGCGUCCCGGAGUUUCCUCCCGGCAGGAAGUCAAACGGGUCAAGCUCUCUGUCUGAGAGUUUUCUCAGCUUCUGUGACAAUUGCAACAAGAAUCUUGGCCACGGCAAAGAUAUUUUUAUGUACAGGGGUGAGAAGGCAUUCUGCAGCCGUGAGUGCCGUUACCAGGAGAUGUUGUUGGAGGAGGGAGUGGAUAAACUGGAAGCUUGAGUAGCUGAUUGUAAUGUGCAUGGACCAUGGAAAUUGUUCCUGACACUUGACUGAAAAACUUCAACAGAGAGAGGGAGAGGGGUACCUUUUUUUUAUUUUCUUUUUUUUUUGGAGCUAAAUAAUAGGGAAGGAAGGAUAGUGAUUUGUGCCAUGAAUAUAAUCCAUGAAAUGAAGAUACAUGUAAGACAAUAUAGUAGUUGAAUUUUCUGGGAGAAUGUAUCUUUUUCUUUUUUGUAAUUUGCUUUCUGCUUCCCCUCCUUGUAGAGUUGUAGAGGGAAUGAAAUCAAAGGCUGAGUUUUGUUGGAUUGUUAAAUAUAUAAUUGUUGUUGGAUUUUCUGUAA